AUGAUCUCUGCACUUUCUGAAAUCCUCUUUUUUGAUUAUGGCUAUUGCAGAACUGAUGAGGAAUUGAGCUGCCUGACUCCUGUUGAUACAUAUACCCCUCAGACUGCUCAACCAAACUACAAGGGUGAGCAGCAAACAUGUUCCCAGGAACCAGAACCAGAAGUUGAUCAUAACUUUGAUGGAACAUUUGAAAGCUUGCCUCCUAGCUUCACAGCACUGCUUACCAGCUGUUCCUCUGAGGCUGAACAAGAGAAACAACAGGUAGCUGAGGAAGUUGACCUCAAGUCUCAGAUCACGAAAUACAUGUCGGAUACUUGCUUCAGUGAGAUGCUGAACAAAGUUGAGAAAGUUAUCUUUCAAAUGGGAGGGGAAUUGGCACUAUAAAUCUGUAAUUACAGUAAAAAGCUCUCUCUCUCUCUCUCUCUCUGUCUUCCUUGUUAUGAGUUGGCCUUUACAUGGUAUGGCUGAACAUUUUUGGAUGGUUGAUUGAUUACCACACUUGUGCUGUGGUGGUAUUGGAAGUGUAGAAACUACCCUACGCUUAUAAAAUAGGAUAGGGGGAAAUGAAACAAUUGAAGCAGCCAAUGCUUUUGA